GCCAAGAGUGGGAACUCACCAAGUUGAGACAGAGAUGCUCUGUUCCCAGGAGCUUCUGCUCUCUCUUGGGUGGAGCUGUCAGUGGAAAUUCUUUAUGAUGACUGAGUGGGCCCAUGGGGUUCAGAGUAGAAAACUCUGAUUGCCUUUGAUCUGAUUCUCCAUGUAGGCUCUGGACUUGCUACCUGGCUUUCAUCUCUCCAUCAACUAAUUCAUUCAAAAAUACUUACUCAGCUCCUGGUAUGACCCUGGCUCUAGAUUAAGGCGAGAACAAGGGCAGACCUUGUGAAGCUUCCACCUGGCCAUGGGGUUCACCUGCCUUGGUGAAAGCCCCUUGCAUCCAGUUCUUUGGCUGGAUUUGCAUGGGGUUAUUCGUUCAUCCACACUGAACAGGCCCAUAAGCCCUGGGGUAGCAAUGGCUGGCUGUGUGUAUUGGAUUGUGUCACCACCCUCUCUUCCAUGGCUUCCCAUUACUCUUGGAAUCUUGAAUAAGUCCCUCCCUGGUCUGGCCUCAUCUCCUGCCUUUCUUCCUCUCACUUUUGGUGUUCCUGUUUCUCAAAUGGACCAUGUUCCCUCCCAUUCCAGGGCCUUUGCACUUGCUAGUCCCUUUGCUUGGUUCUCUGUGGUGACCAGACAUUAAGGUGACCCCAUGAUCUUCACUUCCUUGAGUGGGGGUGGGACCUGUGACUUGCUUCUAAAAGAAUAUGGCAGAGGUGACAGAAUGUCACUCCUGUGAUUACAUUAAGUUAUGUAAGACUCCAUCUUGCUAACAGACUCACUCUAGUCUUCCCUCCGUUGUUGGCUUUGAAAAAGCACGCUGCUAUGAGUCCUACAGUCACAAGGCAGUGAAUUCUGUCAGCAACCUGGGUGAGCCUGGCAGUGGCCCCUCCCGCAGUUCCACAGUCAGGCCUCCAUGGGAAAAUGCAACCUGAUUACAGCCUUGCAUAGCACCCAGCUUGCCUGUGCGUGGACUCAUGACCCACAGAAACUGUAGAUGAUAAAUGUAUUGUUUUUAGGCACUAAGUUUGUGGUUAAAAAACAAAGCUGUCAAUUUGUUACUAUUUUCUGUAUGCAGCAUAGAAAACUACUGUAUUUCCUAAUAUCUACCCAGUCGACUCUUACUCAUCCCCCGUCAUUCCCAUCCAACUCCGACGGACUUUCUCAGGGCAGCCUUCCCUACCUCUCUGCCAAGGCUGCUCCUCCUUGUUGGAGGUGCUCAUGCCAUUGUGUAUCACUUCCACACAACCUGUACCAUCAUAGUUAUGAUUAUUUAAUUAAUAUUGCCUCUCCACUAGACUGUAAGUGCCAUUAGAGCAGCUAUUGUGUCCUCUGCUUCUCUCCAGGGGCUGGCACAGUACCUGUUGAGUAAAUAAAUGAUUGGCAGGACAUUCAGCGUCAGGAGGGGUGCAGGAAGAGACGGGCUAGAUUGUUAUUCCAAUAACAAUGACUGGGGGGAGAGUGCAUAUUAUAUUCCUAAAAACUCACUUUUAUUGUGACAUAUCUGAACAACUGAAGCUAAAAGUGUAUUUGGGGGUGUCUGUGAUGGAAAUAAUAUGUGUCCAUACAGUUGUCACACUGGGCCACCCCAGGAGUUGGCAUGAGUGUGUUUCUCUUGGAAACUCCAGGCUCCUUCCCCCUUCCAGAAGAACUUUCUGUAUUUUGACCACCAGGCAACUCUCUUAACAAUAUUCUUCCCAUGAGUUUCCACCUUCCUCGUCAGAGGAGGGAAGUGCAGGGGGAGAAGGGAAGGGUGUGGUUAGGUGGAGGGAGCUCCAGCUUGGCAGUUUCAAUAAGGCCCACAAAAUGCCAAAUCACUGCCCCCGUAAAAGACAGAAAGGUGAGUACAUGGGUGCUACGUACUGAAUCAUAUCCCCCCCAACUCAUAUGUUGAAAACCUAACCCUCAAUGCAAUUGUAUGUGAAGAUGGGGCUGUUAAGUAUAUAAUUAAGGUUAAAAGAAGUUAUAAGGGUGGGGCCCUAAUCCAAUAGGGCUGUUGCCUCUAUAAGAAGAGGAAGAGAUACCAGAGCGCUCUCUUCAGCAUGUGAGGACACAGUGAGAAGGUGGCCAUCUGCAAGCCAGGAAGAGAGACCUCACCAGAAACCCAAUCACCUAGCACCUUCAUCUGGAACUUCCCAGCCUCCAGAACUGUGCAGGCCCCCCUGUGAGCAGCAGACCGGCCUGGUGGCUGGCAGCAGGACACCCGAGUCUGCAUGCUGAGGAAGAUGGGUGAGGCGGUGGCCAGAGUUGCGAGGAAGGUCAACGAGACGGUGGAGAGUGACUCUGACACCCUGGAUCUGGCCGAGUGCAAGCUGGUUUCUUUCCCCAUCGGCAUCUACAAGGUCCUGCGGAAUGUCACCGACCAGAUCCACCUCAUCACGCUGGCCAACAACGAACUCAAGUCCCUCACCAGCAAGUUCAUGACCACAUUCUGUCAGCUUCAAGAGCUCCGCCUGGAAGGGAACUUCCUGCACCGCCUCCCCAACGAGGUCAGUGCCCUGCAGCACCUCAAGGCCAUCGACCUGUCUCGGAACCAGUUUCACGACUUUCCUGAGCAGCUCACCACCCUGCCGGCACUGGAGACCAUCAAUCUGGAGGAGAACGAGAUUGUGGAUGUGCCCGUGGAGAAGCUAGCCGCCAUGCCUGCCUUGCGCAGCAUCAACCUCCGCUUCAACCCGCUGAACGCCGAGGUGCGCGUCAUCGCCCCGCCACUCAUCAAGUUUGACAUGCUCAUGUCUCCAGAGGGCACGCGGGCCCCCCCACCUUAGGCCUCCCUCCUCAUGCCCACCCAGAAGGGACAGAAGCCACUUGGCCUGGCACCCUGAGGGGAGGGAGCCCCAAGGGCCCGUGGGAGGCCAAGCUUGGAGGGCUGGGGAUGGGUGGGCCCAACAGCGCGUGGGAGGGGGUGCAGCGGUCCAGGAUAGAUAGCUUAGAGCUGUAGAGGGUCCUGGAAUGCCCAGAGGAGGAGGCGAGGUGGGGGCUAGAGCCAGGACUCUGGGCAUUCAUAGCCUCUGUGCAUACUUGGGCAGGCCCCCACCCUCUCUGAGACUUUCAAUUUCGGGAAAGGGCUAGUGGCAGUGGGUCUCUGCCUCCUUGGGCUCCUUGGAGGCCUUUUAGGGGACACACGCCACCAAGUCUUCAAUUCCUCGGUAUCUUCUGAGCUCGCAGCUGAGCAUUGCUGAGCAUUUCCUGGGCCCCUGUGGGUUGAGGCCUUGCUUCUAGUGCUGAGAGCCAGUCGCUGCCCUGAGACGAACAGAAGACAACCUGCAUCUAUUCAUUGCUUCCUGAGAACCAACCCUUCUCCGUGCCCCAUCCUGAGCCCUGUGGAUCCCUGGAUGGGCAGGAGCCUGAACCGGGAGUGGUGGGAAAGCUGCGGAGAGAGUGCGGACGCUGCAGCAGGGCUGACGAUGUUUACAUAGGAGCUCCAGGGCCAUCAGGCGGGGAAACUGGGGAGCAGAUCAAGUUGGCGCCGUCCUUCCUCAUGAUUAAGAAAUUGCUGAUGUGACCAGCUGUGCCUGGCACCACCUUGAGCUACAGGAGAGUGGCCCAGAGAGAAAGAAAGCCAUUUGCGCCUAUGCCUCCCUCCGCACAGUCUCCCUCUGGCAGCAGCAGACUGGCUGCCUUGUCAUUGGUUCACCUGGACGCAGGCGGCACUGUGGACCGUUGGAUUGUAGCCGGCCAGCCCCCGGGUCACCACUCAAAGCCCUGAUAACCUCGUCAUUUCUAGGCUCUGAACCUGGAGCCUGGCCGGGCAGUAGGGUGACCUGCCAUCCGUGUUUGCUCCGGACUUUCAGUGCUAACACGGGGACAGGACCGGCACAGGGACAACCGGUGGCUCCACCAGGUGAGGCCUGGGCUCUGGCUUCCUGUGACAAUACCUGUGGUGUGGAGAACCCCUGACCUCUUGACCCUGCAGGCAUCUACCUCCCACCUUCUCAUCUGUGCAGCAAGCAGAUCUGCCCACCUGGUCUGGACUUUUGUCAGAGUCUGUGGGAGAUGCCUGAGUCCCCAGGACUUGGGGCAAACCAGGCCACCCAAAUCCUACUUCCGUGCACCAGUGGCCACUCUGCCACACUCAGAGCACUGACCCUUUCUCAGAAUGUUCCCAUUCUAUUCCCCGUCCCCUCCCCUUCCCCAGCCCUGAGUUGCCCUGCCCAGGCCUCCUGUCUCUUGGCAAGAAGCUGACAGUUUGGGAGGUUGUAGGCCUGUCACCAAACACUAGAGACUCAGCUGAGAACUCAGCAUCCCAAGAGAUGCCUGUUCACCCUGCUCAUCUCUCAGGCCUGGUAGGUUCAGCUCUGGGAAAAGGGUUUCCAGGGCAAGGAGGCCAGAUAAGAUCUCCAGGGCUACGGAGUUCAGCCGAGGACAAGUGAGGGCUGCAGUCUAGACCAGCCCGGCCUAGCCCCACUCACCGUGUCCUGGAGUGGGGUUUCUCCUUGUUGAAGAAGGGGUGCAUUUUCCUGAUACGCAAAAAGGCAUUGUCUGGCCAGAGCCUGCAACUCAGUGUGGUCUGCAUGAGCACCUAUGGGAGCUUGUUAGAAACACAGGACCCCAGGCCCAAUCCCAGACCUCCGGGAUCAGAACCCGCACUCCAGAUCCCCAGGGAUUCCUACAGGCACUUUACUGUUUAAGAAGCCAGGCCUGGGGUGGCCCUGGGGAUGGCCUGGGAGUGAAAGGUGAAGUUUCUCAGCUUUCCCCCAACACCAAGUCUGUGCCCACCCCCCCUCCCUAAAGCAGCCCUUCACUCCCACCCCGGGCCUCUUAGAUCCGUGGUCGGCAGACUGCGGUUCGCGAGCCACAUGCGGCUCUUUGGCCCCUUGAGUGUGGCUCUUCCACAAAAUACCACAUGCGGGCGCACGUACAGUGCGAUUGAAAUUUCGUGGCCCAUGCGCAGGAGUCGGUUUUCAGCCUGGGCGAGUCUAUUUUGAAGAAGUACUGUUGAUAUUUGGCUCUGUUGACUAAUGAGUUUGCCGACCACUGUCUUAGAUCUUUCAGAGUCUGUGUGGCACUCCCGCGAAGGGAGGACCUGGAGUUCCCAGGAGAUGAGGGUUGGAUUUGCCCGGCCCUCUGGCCUCCCUUUCUGGUCCCCCCCCCCCCCGAAAGCCAAGCUGCUACUCCCCCAGGUCCUCAUCUCAGGCCUUCCAGAGGGGCUGUUCUGGAAGCUGCGCCCUCCUCUGCGUGGAGAGUGUGCCCUGGCCCCUCUGGGAACGCUGGGCAGCCAGAAGCCCCAGAUCAGAGCACAGUGUGAGCCCUUAGCUUCAGUCUGCAAUAAAGAAUGCAUUGGUUUCACCUG